CUGCAAACAUACAUACUCCAUCCCUACAUAACAUUAUAUUACUCCGAGCCGCAGCACCCCACUCACACCAAAGAGCCAAACGAAAUGUCCGACCUGGCCCGUCUCCCCCUCAGGGAAAAGAAACGUACCCGCGUGCAGCUGUCUUGUACGGCUUGUCGCGCCCGCAAACUAAAAUGCUGCCGCACGCACCCCUGCACGAACUGUCAAAAACGCGGCGAAGCUCACAGCUGCACCUUCGUGGGAAGGGGACCGCGCGGGAAGAAUUCCGGCAAUGGGCAGGCGAGUCCCGCGCAUGUGCAGGAUCGGUUGCAGCAUUUGGAGAAUUUGAUUUUGUCUUUUACGCAGAUGAAGAAGGAACAGGGGCAGGAACAAGGACUGGAGCGGGGGCAAGAGAACGAGAAGGGGGGUGGGAUGGGUCUGGGGCAGGGCACUGAGUGGGGUGCGGGGGAACAUGUGGUGGUGCAUCCGCAGAUACAGCAGCAAGGGACGGAGGAGGGGUCUUCGCCGUCGGAGGUGGCGGGGAAGCUGGUUGUUGGGGAGACGGGGACGAGGUAUAUCGAUGGCUCGCACUGGAGUGCUAUCCUUGAGGAGGUAUCCACCAAGCAGGAGUUGUUGGAUGGGCUGCCUCCGAGACCGGUCACGGAUCGAGUGAUUGCGCUGUUUCUGCGUAGCAAAGAACCCGUGUGCGUCAUUGUUCAUGUGCCGACGUUUCAGAGAGAGUAUAAUCGCUUCUGGUCCAACCCGCAGGACGUGUCGAUCUCAUGGCUGGGACUGCUGUAUGCCUGUCUCACCUUGACCGUUGCGAUCUAUCAACGUACCAGCGAGCCGUUGCCCAGGGAGCUGGGAGAUCAAGCCGAAGCGGUAAAAACCUUCCGAAAGCUCACUGCACAAUGCGUGGUCCAGUUCAAUUACACCGUCCCCGGCCGGUAUAAGGUCGAGGCCCUCUUCCUCUAUACGAUGGGUGAGUUCUACCGUACCGAGGAUGCCCAGGUUGGGGUCUCGUUCCUCCUAGGGACCACCAUCCGACUCGCCAUGCGGACGGGUUACCAUCGAGACCCGCGGCAGUUUCCCGACAUCUCGCCGUACGAGGGGGAGAUGAGACGCCGUGUCUGGACGGUUCUCCGUCAGCUGGAUAUCCUGAUAUCCUUCCAGGUCGGGCUUCCACGGACCGUGCAAGAAUGGCACCAAGAUGUGGAGCCUCCCAGUAAUAUCUCCGAUGAAGAAUUCGACGAAUUUACCCAGGAACUCCCGCCGUCUCGGCCCGAGGAGGAGCUGACCACCGCGUCAUACAUACGCUGCAAGUCGCGGCUCAUGUCUGUUUUCGGGAAGAUCGCAGAUCUUGCGUACUCGCGAGAACCGGUGACAUACGAGGACAGUCUGGCUAUUGAUCGUCAACUUGAUGAAGCGCACGAUCAGCUCCCGGCUAUGUUCAAGAUGCGUCCUCUCAACCAGUCAAUUGUAGACCCAUCGGUUCUGAUCCUCAGGCGGUACACACUGGAGCUACUGUACCAGAAAUCCCGCUGUGUGCUGCACCGGAGAUACCUGGGCGAGGUGCAAACGAACUCCCGGUACGCAUUCUCACGCCGGGUGUGCAUGAGCGCUUCGAGAAAUAUCCUCCGGCACCAGGCGGAUGUGCACCACGAGACGCAGCCGGGCGGUCUUCUCUAUCGCGAUCGACAGUAUCCGAACUCCCUCCAACACGCCGAUUACCUGCUCGGCGCGAUGAUCAUCUGUCUGGAGCUAUCGCAAGACCCUACCGGCGCCCGGAAGGGGAGCCCCGACAACGACGUCGGCGCAGUCAUGCAGGACCGCGAGGAUCUCCUCUCGACCCUGGAGACAUCACACCGGAUAUUCGAGAGCCAACGGGGGUCUGCAGAUGUACAGAAGGCGUGCGCCGCGCUGACAGUCAUGCUUCGCCGAGUGAAGGGGGCACAGAAUGCGGCUAGGGAGCAAUUGGCUCUGGCACAACCACCGCCGUAUGACAGCUGGCAGGUGGAUAGUUCAUACCCCUUGGUCGACCUACCAGAGAUAAACGAUUUGCCCGAGCAUCCAUCACUAGACGUCAUCGAGGAAAUGCUCGACGCGCCGACAAACUUAGACUGGCGUCUCUGGGACGAGCACAUCACGAAUACUGGUUUCGAGGGGGGCAUGGAGCUGUGGGAUGACCCGGCAAUUAGCCAGAUAUGAACUUGUAAAUUUAGAUCGACAGGCAGUAGAUAAUUC